GAGGAGCCCUCGGCUUUGGAGCCGGUUUCGAGAUCGCAGACUGUCUUCAGCAAGGCAGAGGAGAUCAUCCUGGGCUAUCUCAACAUUUAUGUUGAUGAUGUACUUUAUGCCGGCCACCCAGAAGCCAUUCAGGCUGUACAAGACUGGCUGACAAGUGAAUGGAAGGCUUCAGAGCUGUCAUGGGCAUCAGAAAGUUCGGCAAUACGUUUUUUGGGGCUGGAGAUCGAGGUCGAGUACAACGAUCAACAGUUGCGGCGAGCGCAGAUUUUGACUGGAGAAUUGCUGUGGUUGAGCGGAAGAAGUAGGAUUGGUCUUCGAGUACUAGGAUAUUUGCGGGAGACUGCCGACUUGACGCUCACCUACUUCCCUUCUC